AGCCUAAAGAUUUGGGUUUCAUUUUACACUACCUUCGAAUAUUUAGCUUUAAUGUGAAGAUCUCGCUGAUCUAAAGUGCUCCAGAAAUACAAAUGAAGACAGCUGUUACAAGUCAAUACAAAGAAAAUAGACAUCACUGAAAGACAACACGUGUUAAUUCUUCACAAGGAUGUCUUUCCUGAGAGAUAUCUGUCCAGUGAUAAGGAACGCUUCACUUUCAGAGAAAGACGUUUUAUUGAGACAUGCUGCGCAGAUCAAAGCCGAAAUACAACAGGGUAAGAGAAAAGGUUAUAAAGCAGUGCUUGAUUUGUCUUCCGGUGACCUUCACAGUGGAGGGAUAAAACCCAUCACAUUUGUUCGACAGGUCCUUGCUGCUUGUUUCUAUCCUGCUCUUUUGCAGGAUGACAGUCUGCCAUUGGAUGUCACACAAAGAGCAAAAUGUCUACUUAACGAAUGUGCGGGUGGAAGCGUUGGCUCGUACACAGAUUCGAGUGGAAUUGCCAAAAUCAAACAAUGUGUGUCUAAGUUUAUUUCCAGAAGAGAUGGAGGAGUUCCUUCAUCACCUGAAAACAUCUUCCUCACAUCUGGAUCGCAGCGGGCUCUCAUGAUAAUGCUGAAGCUGCUUGUUCAGAAUGAGGACUCAUGUCAGACGGGUGUUCUUAUACCCGUACCCUCCUACUCCUCAUUUAACCUGGCUGUAGUAAGCCAGGGAGUUGUUAUGGUACCUUACUGGUUAUGUGAGGAGCAGGGCUGGACACUACCAGUGGAAGAGCUUCGCAGAGCACUCGUAGAAGGCAAAAGGACCUGCAAUUCCAUGGCGCUAUAUAUCUGCAACCCAGGGAAUCCAACAGGUCAUGUACAGAGUCGAAAGUCCAUUGAAGAAGUGAUUGAGUUUGCUGCAGAAAAGAAGCUCCUCCUACUGGUUGAUGAGGUGUACCAGAACUGCAUAUAUGGAGAGGGAGCUGAGUAUUAUUCUUAUAAGAAAGUGUUAUCGGAAAUGGGAUCAACUAUUUCCAGUGCUGUGGAGAUGGCCUCUUUCAAUUCUGCCUCCAAAGGCUUCAUGGGAGAAUGUGGACUUCGUGGUGGCUACAUGGAGCUGGUGAAUUUUGACCCUGCAGUUAUGGAUUACAUCCGUAAACUUUUCAACAACGAGAGCUGCACAGUAGUUGCUGGACAAAUUGCACUUGACCUCAUGGCAGAUCCUCCAAAAUCUGGAGAUCCCUCAUUCCCCAUCUUCUCGGAGGAGGUCGAGUCAAUUAAAAACAUGAUACGUAACAACAGUCAUCGGACUCAGAAGGUUUUUGAUGAGCUGCCGGGGAUCACCUGCCACCCAUUGAAGGGGGGAUUUUUUGUCUUUCCACGUCUACACUUCCCUCCAAAUGCAAUAGAAUGGGCCAAGGAUAGAGAGAUGGAGCCGGACAUGCUGUACUGUUUGCAUUUGCUGGAGGAGACUGGUCUUCAUGUGAGACCAGGCUGUGAAUAUGGACAAAAAAAGGAUACCUAUCACAUCAGGCUUUGUUUGGCAACUCGAGAGGAGAUCAUGGAAGAUGUUAUACAAAGACUGAAGACAUUCCACAUGCGCUUCAUGAAAGAUUUUUCUUAGAAAGUGUGUGUUUGUUAGUCUAGAUUGCAAAACCAAAUGUCUAUUAAGAGGAACAUGUAAGAUCUUUUAAAUAAUUGUUUUUCUUGAUAAUUUGUAAAACUAAAAUGCUUUCAGUUUAAGUUAACAUAGGAUUAACAAACAUUUAUACACAUAAAUUGCCACUGGCCAAUAAUUUGACUAAUCUAAUUUAAGUGUCUAUUUACCAAAAAAGUUCUAUCUCAUAAAUUAUGAUCAUUUAUUUAUACUAUUCAUAAUAGGAAUUUCUAGGUAAUUUUUCCUUUGAAAUGAUUCAGUAUAUUCCAAGGUAUAUAGAUGUCUUGAUUUGAUCAUAUCACAUCACAUUACAACGUUAUUGUACUUUUAAUUUAUUGAAGAUUUCUUAUGAUUCUGUAUAGAUUUCUCACAAAAGAAUGUCCCUAUUUUAUUUGUUUGAUGAAUCAGAUUUUUGUGUACCUUUAAGUAUUAUGAUGAACAAGUGUACAAGUACUUUAUUUGUUCAUAAAAAUCUUUGUCAGUAAAAUUCUAUAAAAUAU